AUGUACUCCUAUACCGUCCCAACCAAGGCCAUCGUGACCUACACCGACGAGGAAUGGCGCUACCAAGAUGUCCUGGCACGAGAGCCAGAAGCCCACGAGCUACUGAUCAAGAUCGUUGCCACUGGGAUCUGUCAUACCGAUAUUGCCAACGUUGGCGGCAUCUAUCCCCGAGUCCUUGGCCACGAAGGCGGCGGCAGGAUCCUACGGCGGGGCGCUGAUGUAGACCCGGCACUGCUGGAGGGCGACCCAGUUCUGCUGUCCUUCGCCCAUUGCAGAGCGUGCCAUAUGUGCAACACUGGCCAUCCCGCGCACUGUCGAGAGCAGGUUCCGAUCACCAUUCGAGGACAGGACCCUAACUUUGCUCUUGCGAACAACGAAGGCGAGGAUGAGAGGUUAGAAGACGAUGGUGGUGGACGGAAGAGGGUGGUCAAGGCGAGCUACUUUGGUCAUUCGAGUUUUAGCGGCAUUGCACUUGUCAAGGAGAGUUCGGUUGUGCCCAUGAAAGGUCUCAUUAAGGAUGAGGAGGAGCUCAAAAUCUUUGCGCCGCUGGGCUGUGGUAUCCAGACUGGGGCAUGCGCAGUAACAAACGCAAUGAAGCCUGAUCCUGCUACUGACAGUCUCGCGGUCUUUGGUCUUGGUGGAGUUGGAUUGAGCGCACUCAUGGCAGCAAAAGCACUCGGCGUCCGCACAAUCAUCGCCGUCGACAUCCUGCCCAACCGCCUGUCUCUUGCCGAAGAGCUCGGCGCGACGCACACCAUCAACAGCAAAGGCAUGAGCAGAGACGACCUCUCUCAAGCCCUCCGAGGUCUGCCUCCCUUCUCCGACCCGAAAGGCCCAGAGGGUCCGACAGGGAUCGUGGACACCACCGGCAUUCCAGCCCUCCUCCAAGCGGCACUUGCCAGCGUUCAUCGGCUAGGAAGGGUGGUGCAGCUCGCCAAUCAAGGUCCUGGAAGUAAUGUUGCGGUGGGCUUGCCGGAGCAUAUGAGCAAUGGGACGCACUUGACUGGCACGAUCCAAGGUGAUGCAAAUCCGAAGGAGUCGAUUCAGAUGUUAGUGAAAUGGUAUCGGGAAGGGAAAUUGCCGCUGGAGAAGUUGGAGCAGCAAUUCAAGGUGGAGGACUUUGAGAAGGCGAGGGAGGAGAUGCACGCUGGGGGAGUCAUCAAGCCUGUGCUGAUAUGGCCUCAAUGA